UGGACAGAAAAGGUCUCUGUUUCGUCUCUGGUUCGACUCCACGGAGAAAAAACCAAAAAGACGAGUCUGGAUUGGAUUGGCUGCAACGCUGUUUUACCCCUGAGCCUCAGAAGUGUUUUGAGGAAACGGCGCAGUGGUGAGGAGACGACGGGUGGUUUUUCAUUUUCCGGUGAACUAUCCCUUUAAGGCAGAACCAAAACAAACGAACAAAAACCGUGUUAUGGAUUAUUUUACGUUGUGAUGGACUGACCACAAGAUGGCGCUAUAGGGGCAGAAAUCUAUACUCUCAGGCCCCGCCCCCCACUCGGCUCUGCCUCCUGAACCUGACACCGACUCUGACGAGCUGCUCUACCCGCUGCUGCAGCUUCUCACCCGGCCGCACCGUUAACCGCAACCUCCCUCUCCACCAGGCGGCUGACGGUACGACGUGGUGAUGAUCUCUCGUCCAAAUGUCAGCUUCUUCUUUGUCUGUGGCUCCUGCAGCCGCUGAGGUGAUGGAGGCUGAUGGUGCUUGUUGAUUGACGACGACUCGCGAUGGAGGAAAUAUGAGAACAGACGCUAACGGUCCUGGAGGUGUGUGCAUACACAGCCAGCGUUCAUCCGUCAGCAUCGCUGUGGUGACAGCAGAGAGAGACGCGGGGCCUGAUUCUGGGAGACAGAGGCAGGUCACCAUGUGCCGGAAUCUGUCCAAAUACGCCCUCAUCUUCCUCUUCCUCGCUCUGUUUGGACUCUUCUGGCUGCUCCGCAACAUCCACAGUGUGGAGAACUGGAACUGUCACACGAUCUCUGCGCUCUACCAGCUGCAGAGCAGGAUCCAGUCGUCCUUCCUCCCCACUUUCUAUCACAACCACACCUUUUGUGCUCAGCUGGGCCAGAAACCCUCCCCCGAAGAUGAGCUGGAAGAGCGCUACCUGCUGGACUCCAUCGCCUGGCCCGGGCCCCUCACUCGCUCUGCCCAGACGGCCUUGCGCCUGACGAGCGACCCUUUGCACAGCCUGUUCGCCAUCCUCCCCACCAAAGGGGGCAGGGAAUGGCACGUGGGCGACCAGCUGGAGGUCCUUGUCCAGAUGCACGACUUCCACGGCCGUCCCAAGCGCUAUGGCGGUGAUUUCAUUUUGGCCAGACUGCACUCUCCGGAGCUCGGCGCCGGUGUGGCGGGCAAUGUGCUGGACCACAGGAAUGGAUUCUACUCUGCUCUGUUCCCGCUCCUCUGGGUGGGAUCUGCACAGGUCGAGGUCACGCUGGUGCACUCCAGCGAGGCGGUCUCGGUGUUGCAGCGGCUGAGGGAAGAGCGCCCCGACCGGGUGUUUUUUAAGAGCCUGUUCCGCUUGGGCUUCCUGUCUGAAACUACUGUGUGCAACAUGUGCCUGCCGCCUGAUCAGCAGCCUCUCUGCAACUACACAGACCUUUACACUGGAGAGCCAUGGUACUGCUAUAAGCCCAAGAUACUCAGCUGCGACACCAGAGUCAACCACGCCAAAGGAGGCUACCUGAAACACCUCAUCAGCAACCAGGAGGCACUGCUCUUCCAGAGUGGCGUAAACAUCAAAGUGCACAUACACCCUUCAGGACCCGACAGAGUCACUGUGCUCCCACCAAGAAAAGAUAAAGUAGAGGCAGAGAGCAGUAGUGCAAAACCGGACGCCAUUAUGUUUGCGCCAUCGGGGUAUUACUACGAGGAGUCAUGGAGGCCAUUAGGGGGCGCCACACUGCGCCAGUUCAAUGAUACAUCUGCCAUCAUUCGGUGUUUGAAGGACAAGAUGAUCCACCUUUACGGAGACUCCACCGUCAGGCAGUGGUUUGAGUACCUCAUUGCUUUCGUCCCAGGGUUGAAGGAGUUCAACCUCAACAGUCCUAAAAACGUCGGGCCUUUCAUGGCGGUGGACAACGCGCACAACAUCCUCUUGAAAUACCGCUGCCACGGCCCGCCCAUCCGCUUCUCCACCGUCAUGUCCAGCGAGUUGAGGUACAUCUCCAACGAGCUGGACGGCCUCUCUGGGGGUCCCAACACCGUCGUGGUCCUCAGCAUCUGGUCCCAUUUCAGCACCUUCCCCGUGGAGGUGUACAUACGACGGCUGCGCCACAUUCGGCUGGCGCUGGUGCGACUCUUGGACCGGGCGCCGGGGACGCUCGUGGUGAUCCGCUCGGCCAACCUCCAGGCCCUGGACCAGGAGGUGAGCCUGUACAACAGCGACUGGUACUCCCUGCAACUGGACGAGGUGCUCAGGGCCAUGUUUAAGGGAAUGAGCGUCCGGCUGGUGGACGCCUGGCAAAUGACUGUAGCGCACCCCCUCCCCCACGCCCUCCAUCCGCCACAAGCCAUCGUCAAGAACAUGAUAGACAUGCUGCUGUCUUACGUUUGCCCAGAGGAGAAGAAGAGCUGACAGGAGCAGGACAGUGACUUGGAGGAAACCUUGUGAAUACACCGAUAUGUUCUUUAAAUCUUUCAUUUCCCUGAAGCAAACCUCCCCUCCCCCCCCUCCCCUACUGAAAGAUUGACCAGAUGAUCUGACUGAACGAUCUGUUUAAUUGCCUGUUACAUUUCGUCACAACCAGGGAUGCCAAAGACCUCUUUGACAUGUGCCGAGGUAUUUUGAGUGUUUGCAUUUCUUUUAUCUAACCGGCCCGUACCUGCUGUCGUUUCUCAGAAUCACAGUGUGAGCUUUGGGUCAUUCAUUUCAGUCUUUUUUCGCUCAGAAUGUUCAGUGUUAAAGAAUGGUCCUCUGAUCAGAGCCACGUCACAACACGUCUGCUAUUGUGUCUAUUUGUUUACAUGUGUAAACUGUGAGUCCAUGUGCACUGAGUAUGAUCUAUAAUGUGAACCACAUACUACCACAUGAGUGUAUUGUAUCAUGCAUAUCAUUGCCCUGUAAUGCAACUGUACGUGUGGCAGCUGCAGUGUUGGCUACCAUGAUUUUCUUUAUCUAUAUGUUUUCUUAUCUAUAAUUUCUUUAUCCUCUCUAUUUCAAAGAUUGAACUGUGAUAGUUCCAGUCGACUUUUACCCGAAGACGUCUCUGACUCACAAAUCUGCCUCUUUGCCUUUCAGACAACAAAUUUUACAGAGGUCAAAGUCAUCAAAUCAAAAGCAGGCAUGUCCGUCCAUCCCAGGCUUGACCUUGACGCAAUGACUCCUUUGUAUUAAUAUUUAACUUUAUAUUACAGACAUUUUUUUCAUUCCAUGUUCAGUUUUGUGUUUAGGAUGUUCUUUAUGGACAUUUGAGUAUUAUACAAAAAUAUCAAAUAGUGUCACAUGUUCAUUAGAGCCCGACCAAUAUGGAUUUUUUGGGAUGAUGGAGAGAAAAAAAGUGAUGCUAAAAUAUCCAACGAUAUAUAUAUGAGGACAAAAAAUUCACUUCAUUUUUUAUUGAGGUUUGAUAUUUUACAGUUUAACCUUAUCACAGCCUAAAAACAACCAAAUAUCUAUUGAAUGUAAACAUUUAUUUCUGCUUUGUUAAAUCGAUAAUGUUUUUACAUCCGCGAACUUAAACAAUGAUACAGAUGUCUGUGAAAGGAUCACAUAUCGGGCUCUAAUGUUCAUCAUAUGACAUUAGUGAUGGGGGGAGAAGACAGUGGAGGUUGUUUAUUGAGAGUUUUCUGAUCUUUGUGAUACAAAGAGAUAAUGUGCCUAUUUUAUAUCUAAUUCCGUCCCUGAAUCGAUCAAAGUUUUUAUUCAUAAUUUUUAAUAACUGAGUUGUUAUCAUGUAUUUCUUGUUUUGUUUUUCAUAUAUCGUUAAAAAGAUCAACAAAUGUAGCCAUGAGCGCAAACUGUGGGUUAUAGAUGGAGCAGUAAAAACCAACAUGUCUGUGCACUGAUCUUCAUCUUUCAGGAAACUUCAAGAUUUAAGAAGGGAUAAAUUAUUCCUCAAUGCUUCAGAGAGUUGAUCGCUCAUCUUAGGAUUUCAGAAAGCCUGAAAGCCAAAGAGUGUAACUGCUCUACCUGAGGAGUCAGACUGGAUUUGCUUGAAUGAAUGACGCAAGCAACUAAAAUUUUUAAAUUGUUUAUGUUUUAUAUCAACCUUUCAUCAUAACCAUCAGUUCAUCGUUAUCCUGGUAUGGGGUAAAGACAUGAAAUUAUUGUGUAUUUUUUUUGUCUUAUUUUUCAGCUUUGUACUUGAAAUCAAAGAUUAUGUUGUACAUCAGCUCUAACUCACAUUUUAUAGCCCAUUCAUUUUAUGCCAUCAUGUUGCUGAGUCAGCACUAAGUGUCUAAUCAAAUAAAAAUGUUUUGUUCAUAAAACUGUGACAGGUCAGAA